GGAGGGCGAGGGCGGGUGCUUCAGCCCCUCUCUAGCCGGCCAUGGAUUUCCAUAAUAUUCUCGUGAAGGCCUCGGAGCAGCAGGGGCUGAACUCUGUGCCGAAAAGGUACAGUUUGGCUGUUGGUCCUCCCAGAAAGGUUCCGAAAGUCAAGGGUGUAGAGUCUGCAGCAGUGCAAGCAUUCCUCAGACGUCAAGAAGAAGAGAAAAGAAAGAAAGCACUGGAAGAAAGAAGAAAGAAAGAACAGCUCUUGGCUAAGCGCAUUGAACUUAAACAUGACAGAAAGGCAAGAGCUAUGGCCUCAAGGACCAAGGAUAAUUUUUAUGGUUAUAAUGGCAUUCCUGUUGAAGAGAAGCCUAAAAAGAGGAGGACUUGUGAAAAUGUUGCUCAAGCCCCGGAGGCUGAGUAUGCAGCAGAAGAGGAAACUGAGCAACCUGAAUAUAGUCACACUGAAUCUGACCAUGAGCAAGAAUAUGAAGAGAAACCAUCCAAAGCUGCAGUGAAACCAAAGGCACCUCCCAAAAGUGCACCAGCACCUCUGAACUUUGAAGAGCUCUUAAGGCUUGCUGAAAAAAAGCAGUAUGAACCGGUGGAAAUAAAACCAGUGAAAAAAGUAGAAGAGAGACCCAGAACAGCAGAAGAAUUGAGAGAGAGGGAGUACUUAGGACGCAAAAACAAAAGAGUAGAAAUGCACAGGAAAAGCGAGAAGGAGGUUAAGAAUACAGGGAUAUCCAGUUCUUCCAAAAAAGUGACUUCUCAGAAAGAAUCUGUGAAUGCAAAGCUUAACAAAAGCUCCUUAGAUAAACAUUCCACACCAAAAAGCAGUCUGACAUCUUCUAUGAGUGGUACUGAUAAGAAAUCCAAAACACCAGCAUUGACCGAAAAAUAUUCACAGUCAUCAUCUUCCUCCAGAUUUGAUCAAACAGGAAAAAACUCACAAAAUGGCUCCUUAAAAAGCACUCCUGGUAGCAGUCAUGGUAAAUUGCCUGUCAAUGGUAUUGGAAGGUCCGGCUCAAGUUCUCAUGUGCCACCCUCAAAAGCAACAGCCAAUGGGGCUCAGAAGCCUCUGCCUGCUAAAGAAUCCAGCCUAAAAAAGUCUGUCCAUAUGAAAUUGGGAAAUACUGCAUUCCUUCAGCAUGGAAUUAACUCCAAUGCAAAGCGAUCAGGCAGCAGCUUAGGGAAAGGAGGACCUGGGCAUCCAAGUGGUGGUUCAGGUGCAGGACCUGGGCGAUUGAGCAGCAAUUCUGGUGUGGGACCUGGAAGGCCGGGAAGUGGUUUAAGCCCAGGACCUGGGCGACUGGGCAGUGGCUCAAGCAUGAAACCUGGGAAGUCAGCAGGCAGCUCAAGCACAGGACCUGGGCGACCAGGCAGCAGCUCAGGCACAGGACUUGGGCGACCAGGCAGCAGCUUGGGCACUGGGCCAGGAAGGCCAGCCAACAGCACAAACACAGGACCUGGUCGACCAGGCAGCAGCACGAGCACAGGACCUGGUCGACCAGGCAGCAGCACAAGUACAGGACCUGGUCGACCAGGCAGCAGCACGAGUACAGGACCUGGUCGACCAGGCAGCAGCACGAGUACAGGACCAGGAAGGCCAGGCAUCAGACCAAGUACUGGACCUGGGCGACCAGGCAGCAGCAUGGGUACAGGACCAGGAAGGCCAGGAGUCAGUUCAGGCAUGGGAGCCAAGCGACCAGGCACCAGUUCAGGAACAGGACCAGGAAGGCCAGGCAUCAGCUCAAGUGCGGGACCUGGGCGACCAGGCAGUGGUUUGGGUACUACAGUAAAACCGAAGUGUACUGUUGUAUCAGAAACUAUUUCUUCUAAAAACUUAGUAACAAGACCCAGCAAUGGACAGAUAAAUGGCAUGAGAUCUUUUCAAGGUCAUAGACCUGUGUUUCAUCCACAAGGGCUUGGGAGACCACCUAUUAGUUACAAGAGACAAAUAGAUGAUGAUGAUGAUGAUGAUGAUGAAUAUGACUCUGAAAUGGAUGACUUCAUUGAAGAUGAAGGGGAACCCCAGGAAGAAAUAUCAAAACAUAUUCGGGAAAUAUUCGGCUAUGACCGGAAAAGGUACAAAGAUGAAAGUGAUUAUGCCUUACGUUAUAUGGAGAGCAGCUGGAGAGAGCAACAGAAAGAAGAAGCUAGGAGCUUAAGGCUCGGUGUUCAGGAGGACUUAGAAGAAUUGAGACGGGAAGAAGAAGAAUUAAAACGCAAGAGACAGUCUAAGAAGAUGAGGACACAUUAACUGACUGAUGGUGUUGACUUUGUCAUGUUUCUGUUACCCUCUGCUUCCAUACAUCUCUUAUUCUACUUCAGUUUCCAUUUGCUUAUUAGAGGGCAAAUAAUAUUUAAAGGGAUAAAGUACUGAAAAGCAAGGCUUUAGUUUGAGUUAAAUAAGAUAUUUAUUUUUAAUACUUGCCAGGGUUGUUUUUUUAUUAAGAAAUUAAUGCACUAAUGCAUAUUAAGUGGAAUAAAAUGAAUAGAUAUUUCCAUUGAUUAAAUCUGUUCAAGAUGCCAGCAGAAAUAUUGACUAGCUAUGCACUGACUCAGAACUAAUCAGUAUAUAGAGGUAAACCAAUUUUACAUUCACUUGAAAGACUAGAAUAGCAUUCUUGUUCCUUAAUAUUUCUUGAGACUUGGAGAAAUUGCUUUAUAUCCUAUUCUCUCUCCCAACUUGAGCCUCGAAGUAUUAAGAUGUCAUCAUCUCUUCAGAAGCAGCUUGGGUAUAAAUUCAGCCCUUGCCACAGAUGUUUAAAGCAAUAAAGUGCUGCAUAUUUUCUGAUUUGAAGAUCCAUAAAACCAAUUUGAAUCUCUUUAUUUCUAAACAGAAAAGUGCAUAUCAUUUGUAAACUGUUAAAGAUGGCCAAAAGAUUACGUUGGGUUUUGCUGUGUCAGGAAUUCCAGUACGAAUCUAGUUCAGGAUGAUAAAUGCACACCCUGAAAACAGGAAUUCCUAAUGCUUGUAUGUAACAUGUGCUUUUGGGCUCAAGCAUAUGCUUGGAAGUUCUUUUCCUGCCCUGUAAAUCUUCCCAUUUGCUUAAUAGCUUCUGCUGCUUUACAGACUGUGUUUGGUGCACAUGUUUUUUUCUUGCAUUAAACAUCCGAUGUGUUAAGUGAUUUGCAAUGUGAAGCAGUCAUUUAUCUAAUUAGGUUUACUAUUUAGAAAGCACAUCAGAAUUAAGUUCUGUUAGAAAGUAUUUGCAGCUCUUCAAUAUUAACAACUUCUUUUUGACUGGUUAAUACUUACGGUUAAUUUCAUCAAACCAAAAAGCUAAAAUGUUAUGUACAGCAGGAAAUCUAGUUCAGUUACUUACCUUAAUGCCCAUAUUUGCACAUUAUUUCUAACUAUGCACUUAAAGACUGUUUGUUUCAGUAACUGAAUUUGUUUACAGUCAGCACAGGGCUCAUGUAGGUCUGCAAGAGUUGUACUGGAAGUCUGAAGCUCAAGUCUGAUGUUGCACCUGCUUUUGAUUUCCCCAGGUCGCCCUUCAAAGGUCACCAGUACCACUACUCAGCUUUGCCUCAAGCUCCAGGACUCUACUGAUAGUACCUCUGGCUUCUGCUGCUGAGGCUGUUAUGUUUUAAUGCUAGGUGUACUUGGAAAAGUACAAAAAAGGAGGAAGUAAAGGAAUACAAAUGAAAAAUUAUCCCAUAGGAAAGGUUCCUUUGUUGUUUUUCUAUCAGGGCUAUUCUGAACAAUGCUGCUUUUAGGAAGCAGUUCAGAUAGCAACAUGUGAGGAACAGUCUUAGAAGCUGCUGAAGUUUAAACAUCUGACUCUUAAUGUAAGAAAAAACAGAUUUGCCUUUUUAAGAUGUUUUCUCUCAAUGGUGUAGCAUUUCACUGCCUCAGUAAAACACUGACAUGAGUAAGCUAUUGGCAUAGAUUCUAUAAACUAAUUCAGUAUUAUCUGACAGGGAGCCCAGAUAAAGAUACUAUCAUCCUUGCUCUCUAUGUAUUUUUUAACUUUCUAUAUUAACCAACAAAACCCAUUUAUCAGUGUAUGCACUUGAGACCACGCAAGAUAGCAUAACCUCUCCGCUUGUCUAAAGUGUGUUGUACUCACCCUGGUACAUUGGGGCUAUCUGAAAUUUUCUGUCGUAGUUCCUAGAAUUAUCCAUUCAAGACCAUGAACACUGGGACCAUGAUCAAGUUACUGUGUUUUUGCUUUUUAAUUCUUUUUAGUUGGAGAAAGGCUCUAGGUCUGCCAAACCUGAUACCUAGAUCAGCUGUGAGCAACUUCCUGCCUGGCUGGGAAAAGUCUCUUAUGAAGCAAAAGAAAUAUAUUCAGAAUUGGUUCAGUUGGGAAUUGAAUCUGCAUUUCAGAUAAAUACAGGUUACAUAAACCCCAGUUAUUUCACCUUCCUGAUUUUUUUUAUUUUUAUUUAACCAUGCAAGAUCAGUUAAAUUUCUUAAUCUGUAAAGCACUUUGUCUUUUAGAUGGUGACUGGAAUGUACUCUGCUAGCCUCCCUAAGACACUGUUACAACUGUUUCUUCACACAAUGAUCAUUGCUUAAAUUGUGUUGAUUUCAUAUGAAAACCGAUUCAAGGACACAUUUGUAAUUUUACAGUCAAGAAGUACUUUCUCAUAAUUGGCAUGGGAUGCUAAUGAGUUUCAAAUUUUGUACAAAUGUUUGGAUUUUAACGCGUUUGCAUUUGCUGCGUAUUUGUAAACGGGCUAUGAAGGAACUAAGGUUUUGGGGUUUAAUUCCUGACCUUGUAUCCAAAAACAUGUUUACUGUUUGCCAGAUUAGUAGUAUUAAUCUAAUGAGAGUACUUCAGUACUUGUCCAAAGUGCAUCUGACUUUGAGGUUAAGAAAAACUGGAAGAACGCUUAUAUUGGUUUAUUGAGGAUCUGAUGUUAACCUAAUGGUUUAAUUGUAUUUAAUGAGAUUCUAGUUUGGUUUUUAAACUCUUAAUUCACUGUUUGACAAUGUGCCUUUUUCACUAAAUUGUGUCAAAAAAAUAAUGAAUGUAGGAGUAUAAAAAGGUUGGUUGGUUUCUGCUAUCUCAGAUUCUAUAUCCUUAAACUUGAUAGUAUGAAAUUACAUACUUUUGCUAAAACCCUUCCAGGUCUGGAUUUGAUUGCACAAUUACAGUAGCUACUUCUUUGCUGUUAAUGCUAAAUCAAAUGAAGGGCACUUUCUAUUGAUGACUACUUUUUGAAAAUGUCUUGUAUUUACACUUGAGCUGUAUUUCACUUUACAGCGACAUCUUUUGGAGGCCAGGGUUUUGCAUAUCACAGGAAGCCUUAGUGUGCAACUCUGUGCUGUGCUUUAAAAUAAAAAUCUUUCAAGAAGUAUAUGAGAUCUCUAUGGAAAUCUGGAUUUAUUUUUAUGUAAAGCCCAAAGUAUUGUCCAGGAAAACAAAUUUUCUAUUAUUUUUGCAUUUUGUAACAUAGUCUAGUAACUGAUGCAUAUUUCUAGAUAGAGCGUAUUUCUGGAGACCAAAACAUGUCAGAAAGAAAAUAAAUAUGUGGAGAGACUGGUGUUUAAAUUGUGAUGAAUGUACUAUUUAUUUUGGUGAGUGGGUUUGAUGCAAUAUUGAAGUGUUAGUGUGUAAAUAAGGGUGCUUCUAGUUUUAGCCAAUGAUAUUUUUUUUCCUUUGGGGAUAUCAUUUGUGCACAAUGUCUUUUUACACAAUGUGACAAAUCAGGUUAAAAACUCGUACAUGGCUUAACUGUUUUCUGGUGUUGUCAAAAUGUACACUUUUGCACACACCAAAUGCAUAUAAGUUUUGCAGAGUAUGUAUACAAUAAAUUACAGGCAUUAAACAUUUUA